GAAGCAUGAACCUCCAGGUCAUUUUCCUAUUUCUCGGUCUACUUGUCAUUUAUUCUUCCCAAGAUUGUGCAUGGAAUACGUGCCAUAAAGUGGAUCAAGAUCCGAAUGUCAUCACGGCUCAUUUGAUUCCGCACACCCAUGAUGACCUUGGUUGGAUAAAGACAGUGGAUCAGUAUUUUUGGGGAGCAAAACCCGAGUUAGUUCCUGUUGGUGUGCAAUAUAUUUAUAACACAGUUAUAGAUGAGCUACUUAAGAAUCCUGAUAGAAGGUUUUCGUUCGCCGAGACCGGAUUUCUAUGGAGGUGGUAUACUAGUAAUAGUGACUUUGAUAGGCAUCAGUUGCAAAAACUAGUGAAAAACGGACAAAUCGAGAUAAUCGGUGGUGGUUGGGUUCAAAAUGACGAAGCCACAUCGCACUACGUCGAUAUCAUUGAUCAAAUGACUUUGGGACUACAAAGACUGGAACAAAUAUUUGGAGAAUGUGGAAAACCAGUUACCGGGUGGCAAAUUGAUCCAUUCGGACAUUCUCGUGAAAUGGCUAAUAUUUAUAGAGAGAUGGGAUACUCUUCUGUAUACUUUGCCCGUAUCCACUACCUUGAAAAACAAAUCCGAUUGAAAAAUAAAACUUUAGAGUUUAUGUGGAAUACUUCGGAUGACAUCACUGACAAUAAACUUUUCACGGGAGCGUUUUUCAAUGACAACUACGGACCACCAGAGGGAUUCUGUUGGGAUUCGCUGUGUGGAGAUGACCCAAUAAUGGAUAAUUUGAAUAUCGAAGGGUAUAAUGUUAAGGAGAAGGUUGACGCAUUUGUUGAUCAUGUUAAAAACCAGGCUGCUCAUCAAUCUACAAACCAAGUAAUGUUGCUAAUGGGAAGCGACUUCCAGUACACCAAUGCAAACUCGUGGUAUGUGAACUUGGAUAAACUUAUCAAGUAUGUCAACGCUGAUACUUCAAAAAAAGUUCGAGUGAUAUACUCAACUCCUGCAUGUUACACAAAAGCUGUUCAAGCAAAGACCCCCACACUUUCCGUUAAACACGACGACUUUUUCCCAUAUGCGUCCGGACGACAUUCUUACUGGACAGGCUAUUUUACAAGUAGACCAGCUUUCAAAGGAAUGAUUAGACAAGCAAGUUGUAUGUUGCAAUUAGCAAAACAGCUUGAUGUCAUUGCCAAUCUUGGGCCUGAGGAUGACUCGGAUAUUGAAAUCCUUCGCGAAGCAUCUGCGCUUGUACAACACCACGAUGCUGUUACAGGUACUGCUAAGGAAAAUGUGACCAGAGAUUAUGAGAAACAACUUGCAAAAGGAGUGAGCGAAGUUGAAGUUGUUAUAAACGAUUUUAUGAAGAAAAUGAAUCCGGACGGGUUGGAUCCAAAAUUAGUUUUGUGUCCGUUAAUCAAUGAAACCAUUUGCAAACCAAUUAACGGUUCGUCUGAGUUUUCCGUCGUCAUUUUCAACUCGAAUGGUAGAUAUUUCAAUGGCACUAUUCGUAUUCCCUACAGUCAAAAAACAGCUGUACUCAGGGAUGCACACAAAAAUGUUUUGGAAAGUCAGAUUGUCGAGACGUUCCAAAUUGAUCAACUCAAAGACACUGACAGACUGCCAUACGAAAUUCACGUUUUUGUGAGAGUUCCUCCACUUGGAUACACUACCGUCUUUGUCGAGAAAGGAAGCAAACCUGAACGCGUGCAUUUUAACAAUAGGAAAAAGUUCAACACCAACGUGGAAAUUCAAAACGAAUACCUCAUCGCAGGUUUUGAUUCACAAGGUUACUUGUCUUAUAUAACUGAAAAAGCAACUAAGAAAAAAAGAAGCAUCCGCCAAGAAUUCUUCUAUUACGAAGGCAUUGAUUCCAAGGAUGACCAACCAUCGGGGGCCUAUAUAUUCAGACCAAAGACUCAACAACCUAUUGCAUUAACAUCUAAACUUGCUUUAGAAGUAGUUCCGGGAGCAAUUAUAAACGAGGUACGCCAAAAAGUGAGCCCAUUUGUCUCGCAACAGAUUCGAUUGCCUAGAGGAAAAAAUUAUAUAGAAUUUGAAUGGAUUGUUGGGCCAAUCCCUAAGGAAACAAAAAAUCCUAUAACUAAAGAGUUUGUAACAAGGUACACUACAGAAGUUCACUCUAAAAAUCAAUCGUUCACUGAUUCCAAUGGGCGGCAGGCAAUGGAAAGAUUUUUCGACGGUGCUACUUCUUUUGAGUACUCUGAUACUGAACCAAUAGCCGGAAACUACUACCCAAUAACUAGUUUUGGAUAUAUCAAGGAUGAAAACGCUCAGUUUAGCGUUAUCACUGAUAGAGCCCAAGGCAUGGUAGCCUCUGACGGAGUUGUGGAAAUUAUGCUUCAUCGUCGUUGCUUUUAUGAUGAUCACUUUGGAGUUGAGGAGGCAUUGGAUGAGCCUGGAAAAGAUGGUGCAGGGCUGGUUGCCAUGGGAAAACAUAUCGUUCUGUUUACUGAUGUCAAGGCAUCAACUUCACAGCUUCGUCCUCUCGCCAUUGACAACUUCCAUCAGCCGGUGUUAGCAUUUAACAAAAAUCCAGAAAAGUUUGAAUUUAAUAGACUAUUGGAGUAUUCUGGGCUAAAAUUUGAGUUGCCAAUUGGAAUACAUCUCCUAACCCUCGAGAAAUGGCACAAGAAGAGUAGCCUUAUCAGAUUUGAGAACAUUUAUCACGGUGAAGAAGGAAAUAGCAUUAAAGAAUUUGAUCCAACACACAUUUUCACAAACUUCGAUAUUGUGUCAUUCAAAGAGCUUCUACUUGGUGCUAACAGAGUAGUGGGAAAAAAUAAAGAAUCGGGAUCGUCAUUCCGCAGUUUCGAGAAAUCCAAGAUUUUAACGUUUGAAAUUGAAGUGGAACGCAAAAUGUCAAAAUUAUAAAUUAAUUUCAUGUGAAUAGCGCAGUUUUCUGAACCAAGAGUUUGCUUUAUUUCAAAUGUAAAAACAAAUAUUAAAAUCGAUAAAUUUAUUUAUUUUAAA